AUCAAUGUGCUCAUUUUUUUAAGACAUGCAUUUCCGACCUACACGAAGUUGUAGCUGCCUGUGUUGGAUGUUAACAACGAUAAUUUGCUAGUUUUAACCCUUUUGCACGCACCGUUUGAAAGGUACUGAAGAAAGAAAUCCUAAUAUGCGACCACAAAACCAACUUUACCGCGGUCCUCUAUCCUGAGACACCAGCUGACUAGAAGCGAUCACAGCGACUUUCUCGAACCAGCGCAUUACGUCACUCACAGUUCUACCGCUGAUACUGUGCAAAUCCCUCUGUGGUCACGUGGUACAGGGGACCAGGUAGCCCCUCGAGUAAAGCCGUAUGUGAGCCCUGUGAAAGAUGAUUUCCCCAUGGGAACGACUCCACUCGACGCGCUGUUGUCUCUGCUGUCAUGUCCGAACCGGGACCAUCAUACUCGGAAUAUGGUACAUGAUGACGAGCCAACCUAAAAGUAAUAUUAGUAAUCUCAUCAAUGCUGUGGUCUUCUUCAUCCUCCUCACAGCACUCAGUGACCCGGACCAGUAUCACUUGACAAGUGCUGAGCUAGCCAAUGACCUAGAUGUUAUGGACGAUGCCAAUAUGUGCAUUGCUUCAGCAAUAUCCCUUCUCAUGAUAGUGAUCUGUGGCAUGGCAAUAUAUGGAGCUUAUAAGUUACAUGCUGCUUGGAUCAUUCCUUUUUUCUCUUAUCAAGUUUUCGAUUUUGCCCUGAAUGCACUGGUGGCGGUCAGUGUGGUGGUCUACCCCAAUACCAUCCAUGACUAUCUACAGCAACUGCCAGGAAACUUCCCCUACAAAGAGGAGAUAAUGUCCAUGAGCAACACAUGUCUGGUCCUCAUUGUCCUACUUUUUAUCACCUGCAUCUUAGCCUUCAAGGCGUAUCUGAUGGUGUGUGUGUGGAGCUGCUACAGGUAUGUGAGUGGCAGGAGCAAUGCAGAAGUCCUGGUGUAUGUCACCAAUAUGAAUGACACCACAGUACUCUUGCCCCCAUAUGAUGACACAGUGGCACUCCCAGUCAAGCAAGCCCAACCUCCUUUCAUGUUGGCCUGAGUUAAUUUGCUGUUUAUGAUUGCUGUUUUGGGUCCACUCAUCCAGCCUAUACUGAAUCCAAAGACAGUUCUGAAUCUAUGUACAAAGAUACUGAAUGCACAUUCAAUAAGCUGUAAAUUACUAGGACUGUGGGCAGUUGGAGAAAAGGUCUGAGUUCUGAAGGAUUUUUUGCUUCUAAAUUCUAGCUGACCUCUUCAUGCUAAGAACACUUCUGUUGAUUCUAGUUUAGGGUAGACCAUGGUAAAUGUAAAAUCUCCAGUGUAUUCAAAUAUAUUUAAAUACACAUGUAUGUGGUUUUACUUAUUGAUUUAUUAGUAAUGAAUAAUAAUUCUUCUCAGAGAUAAAGGUACAUACAAGGGCAGGCUCUCUGAAAAUAAAGGCUGUUUAUAAUUAAAUGGCAAGACUUUUUCCACAACCCAACGGUUACCAGCUAGCCACUCAAGACAAUGUAACUGCACAUAUUAAUGUAUUAUUUUAUUACUAUGUGUGAUGGCUGUCCUGUUUUACUCUUAUGGACUUGUCACAUAUUCUGUUGAUUCUUGUUUAGGGUUGACCAUGGUGAAUGUAAAAUUAGAUGGCAAGAUUCUUUCCACAACCCAACAGUUUCCACCUAAUGACUCAAGACAUAGUAACUGCACAUAUUAAUUUAUUAUUUUGUUACUAUGUCUGAUGGCUGUCCUAUUUUACUCUUAUAGACUUGUCACAUAUUCCCACCACACUUCAGCAAGGAUGUUUAAUGGUGAGAAGCUAUCCCAAAGAUGGGCACUAUCAGUAGUCUCACUCGCUUUUUGCUAUUUGUGUUUGUUGUAACAAGUACAAUACACUGUUGUUUUGCAUAUAUGUGUGUUGUUGUGAUUCAAAUACAUAUUGAUCACUGUGAAUGAUCAGAUUUUUAUAAUAAAUAGACUGAUCAACAUUGAAAUAGGGUGUGCUGCUGUUCCUGGGAAUGUCCUUUGCCUAGUGAUGUUAAAAUUAAAUUUCAGAUAUGUUCGAAUACAUCUUUAUGAAAUAAAAUAUUGUGAUCUUAAAUCAUCUCUACUGAGUCUCUCUUUGCUUUACUGUCGCCUGGAUUCUUUAGUCUCAGUCCUGUAGUACUAUUGGCCUAAAUAGUUUACUGAGUAUCACGCUCAGUGUGUGACACUCUAUCAUACACAUUUAACUCAAGAAAGGCUUGUUAAUUCGCUGAUUAGUUAAAUAAAGGGCAUUAGCACUCAAAAUAUGUUUUACUCUAACAAAGAUUACAAUUAUUUUUUUAAUCAGUUGUGUCAAGUAUAGCAAAAGUAAAUGCUACCGAAAAGCAGUAUCAUUACAACUAUCAUGCACGGAUCGUAUGGACUAACCCUUGUGAUUUUAAUUGAUUGAUUUGCAAGUUGACGUCAAGAUCUGUUAAAUAAUUUUGACAGUAAACGUCCCUCAAAGCAUG